GCGAAUCAGUGAACAGGUUCAAAAGAGUCGAAUCACUGAGAUGAAUCAAACGUCCCUCCACUACCGAACAUAAGCAGAUAUAAUGGUUUUGGAUAAUCCUCGCAUAUCAUCAGCACUCGGCAACGCGCAUACGUCAUCCCUUUCUUCUCUUGCAGACUCAUGAACUGAGCCAGCAGCAGCAGCAGCAGCACCGCUGACAGCAUCGUCGCAUCCUACUGAAGUAUUAACCGGAGCGACAAAACUACACAGCCUUGACAAUUAGAAAAACAUCCAGCCUAAAACAGGCACUGCUAUGUUGAAACGCGUUAGAUAUGACUGAUGUCGAGGUGACAUAUGAAGACUUCAUCGCCUCUGGCAGGUCCGGCAGACGCAAUGCUGUACACGACAUACUGGGAACCUCCGGCGAGCUGGACGCUAGCGGGCUUUCCCAAACUCUGUCUGAGCUCAAUAUCAGCAAAGCAGAGACAGGGAAUGAUGGAGAGAAAAGCCAGAGCAUGGCAAACUCCGACCCGAAGCAGGAAGAGGGCAAAGGGGAAGAAACAUAACAGACUUCAGUGAGAAAAUCAGGAAAUACCCCCUCUAGUGGCUGAUUUUAUAUGCAUGGAGGGGUUGACACUGAAAAUAGUGCAGCAUCCCUCUCUCUGAAGGAUCCUGAUGGAGGAGACUUUGCUUUGAGGAAGCUACUGUGAAAGGCUGGGCCUUAAGAAUCAUAGCGCUGCUGUUUUACUACAGUGAUUGCUACUUUAGCUGAUGUAGGUAUGAUUUGUACUUAGAAAUUCACUCUAGUUGGUAGGUACCUAGAGCGACUGUUGGGAUUUGAGUCAGAAGUAAUCACAUUACAAUGAUGAAUACACACUUGGUGGUGGAUCUUAUUUUGAACAACACCCACUGAACUUGUGAUUUUGGAUUCACUAAUUAACUGCCAGAAUAGUGCAGCUAAUACGCACUUAGAAUUCAGUCAUUUUAUAGGUGUAGUGUUGUAAUAUCAGAUUUUGAUAUUAAAUUUGUGCUUUAUGUCUUUGAUAUCUUCAGUUUAUGUUUUCGCCGGGUACACGUUGGUAUAUUCACGUAAUAUAAGUGCUGCACUCUGGUUAAACACUCACUGAAUUCUGAUAAACUGUCUAUGAUGGUCUUGCAUGACAUUUCUCCUGACAGAAUAUGUGUGUAUAACAGUUCACAUCCCACAAAUUUUGUGAUCCGAACAUUCGCAGUGUGUUGUGAUGCUAAUUUGUGUGUUUUAUGAUGAAAAUUCUUAUUGUAUUAUGAAAUCUGGCUUGAUUUGAAGUCUGACUGACACUGCCUAUUAACCCCUUUGAAAAUGUGUUCAAUAGAGCUUGCCUUACCAAACCUCUGCCCAUAUUUUGUCUUCCAGUCAUUAGCUCUAUGUCCUCAAUUUUGCAUAUAUUUGAUAUUUUCAUUUGUGGGUACAUAAAAAUUUGAAUAAAUUCAAGAAAUAUUUGGGGAAAAGUUUUGUUUUUUUAAAUCAUUUA